AUACAGCAGUUUGUUUCCGCCAAUAGGUGUCCUUAUAUUUAAGAUUAUAUUGAAUCUAUUCGAAUCAACCAAUUAAACCCGCAUUUCUGUUACUCGUCUCCUUUCCAGCUACGCAGUAUACUUACCAAACAUAACUAUAUAUUUCGUUCGUUAUACAGCGCCGUUCAUCAGUGCGGUCACGUAUCAUGUUUCCUUACAAUUUAUUACAAAUAAUCAAUUAAACACAUAAUACAUUUUUAAUAAUUUUAAUUUUAUUUUAAUCGCCAUGGAUUAUAAAGAAGAACAGCACAAUGAGAUUGAGGCUUUAGAGUCGAUUUAUUGUGGAGAAUUAGAAAUUUUAGCCACAGAACCAUUUUAUACAUUUUCCAUACCAAUUAAAACUGAAGAAUAUGAACCAGGUACAGGAAAUGGUCUUAGUUGUCGGUUGGAGUUUACAUAUACAGAAAAAUAUCCAGAUGAAUCACUUCUUAUAUCGAUAGAGGAGCAUGAAAACUUUGAAGAAGGAAGUGCUGAAAAAUUAAAGGAACAUUUAAUAGAACAAAUGAAUGAAAACUUUGGAAUGGUUAUGGUAUUUACUUUAGUCAGUGCUGCUCAGGAAUGGCUGAAUGUACAGUGGGAUAAAAUUAAAUUAAAAAGAGAAGAGAGUGCAGCACAAAAACUCAGAGAAGAAGAAGAAGCAGAAAGGAAAAAAUUCGAGGGAACAAGAGUUACGGUUGAAACAUUUUUAAGUUGGAAAGAAGAGUUUGAUGAAAGAAUGGGAUUCACAAAAAGAAGAGAGAUGGCUGAUAGAGAAGGAAAAAAGUUAACUGGUAGAGAAUUGUUUAUGACUGAUAAAACAUUGGAUCAAUCGGACUUGAAGUUCUUAGAUGAUGAUUCUGUAAAAGUAGAUGAGAGUCUGUUUCAAAAUCUUGAUGAUUUGGAAUUAGAAGAUGAUGAUGAUGAUGAUCCUGAUUAUGAACCAAAUGUUUCUGAUGAUAGUGCCUAAAUAAAUAUGCUAUAAUUCUA